CGUCUCUGGCGCUAGUGGGAGGGGACUUGCAGCUGCGCGCCGGGCUGGAUAGUGCUUCUGCGGUCGCCUGCUCCACCUCCAACUGGGUCCAUUCAGAGCCGGCGCGGAAGCCCAAGCAGCCGUGGAAGAAGGGAAGAGAAGGGCCAGCCGGCUCCUCGCUGAUGCGGCUUCAAGUCGGCGUCACGCCAGAUUUCUCCAGGAACCAUGGGGCACCCUCCACUGGAGUUCAGUGAUUGUUACCUGGACAGCCCUGACUUCAGAGAAAGGCUCAAAUGUUAUGAGCAGGAGCUGGAGAGGACCAACAAGUUCAUCAAGGACGUCAUCAAAGAUGGGAAUGCUCUCAUCAGCGCCAUCAAAAAUUACUCAUUGGCUGUACAGAAAUUCUCCCAGACUCUCCAGUCCUUUCAGUUUGACUUUAUUGGGGACACCCUGACAGAUGAUGAGAUUAACAUUGCCGAAUCCUUUAAGGAGUUUUCGGAGCUGCUUCAAGAGGUGGAACUUGAAAGAUCAAUGAUGGUGCAAAAUGCUAGUGAUUUACUGAUCAAACCGCUGGAAAACUUCCGCAAGGAGCAAAUUGGAUUCACCAAAGAACGGAAAAAGAAAUUUGAGAAGGACGGGGAGAGGUUCUACUCCAUGUUGGAUCGCCAUUUGAAUUUAUCUUCAAAGAAAAAAGAAUCCCAUUUGCAAGAGGCUGACAUGCAGGUAGAUAAAGAGCGGCAUGUUUUCUUUGAAUCUUCCCUGGAAUACGUCUAUCAGAUCCAAGAAGUGCAGGAGAGCAAGAAGUUUAGUAUUGUGGAGCCUGUCUUGGCUUUCCUCCAUAGCCUCUUCACCUACAACAACCUGACUGUGGAAUUGACGCAGGAUUUCCUGCCAUAUAAGCAACAGCUUCAGCUCAGUCUGCAGAACACUAGGAAUCACUUCAGCAGCACACGGGAAGAGUUGGAAGACCUCAAGAAGAGGAUGAAGGAAGCUCCUCUCACUUGCAAGCUCCCUGGGAAGCCGACCAUAGAAGGCUACCUGUAUUCGCAAGAAAAAUGGGCGCUGGGCAUCUCAUGGGUCAAAUACUACUGCCAAUAUGAGAAAGAGGCAAAGGUGUUCAGGAUGACACACAUGGAGCAGAAGCCAGGGUCAAAGCAAGGCACCUUACACCUGAUGCUGAAGUCCUGUGUGAGGAGGAAGACAGACUCCAUAGACAAAAGAUUUUGUUUUGACAUUGAGACGCUGGAAAGACCUGGGCCCAUCACCUUGCAAGCCCCUUCAGAAGCAAAUCGACGGCUCUGGAUGGAGGCCAUGGAUGGGAAAGAGCCGAUCUACCACAGUCCCAUCACAAAGCAGGAAGAAAUGGAGCUGAACGAGGUUGGCUUCAGAUUUGUCCGGAGGUGCAUCAACGCCGUGGAGACAAAAGGUAUUACAGUUGAAGGCGUCUAUCGAACUGUUGGAAGCAACAUCCAGGUGCAGAAGCUCCUGAAUGCCUUCUUUGACUCAAAGUGCCCAGGAGAUGUGGACUUCCAAAAUAGUGACUGGGACAUCAAGACAAUUACAAGCUCCUUGAAGUUCUACCUCAGGAAUCUCUCUGAACCUGUCAUGACGUAUAAGCUUCACAAAGAAUUGGUCUUAGCUGCCAAGUCUGAGAACCUGGAUUAUAGGCUGGGGGCGAUCCAUUCCCUUGUCUAUAAACUCCCUGACAAAAACCGAGAGAUGCUAGAAAUGAUCAUCAGGCACCUGGUCCAUGUGUGCGAACACAGCCGGGAGAACCUGAUGUCUCCAUCUAACAUGGGGGUCAUAUUCGGCCCCACACUCAUGCGAGCCCAGGAGGAUACCGUCGCUGCGAUGAUGAACAUCAAGUUUCAGAACAUUGUGGUGGAGAUCCUCAUUGAGCAUUUCCACAAGAUAUAUUCCGGGGCCCCCGAGGACAAUGCUGCACCCCCAGUGCCUCCUCCCCGGGUAGCCACUCGACGGCACAAACCCAUCACCAUCUCCAAGCGCCCUCUGCGGGAGAGGCCUGUCUUCUUUGGAGGCUCCGUGGAAGAAAGUGAAGCAGAUGAUGGCUGCUUCCACACCCCCAACGGCACAAUGCUUCCUGGCUGCACAGAGGCCCCCAGACCACUCCAGCGCAGCAGACUGCCCUUGCAGAGGCCAGGGGAGGCUGAUACCAGGCGGCCCAGCGCAGAAGGCAGGUCGGAGCCAUGUGCAGAUGUGGAUGUGGGGAGACUGGUCUCCAGGCUCCAGGACAGCGGGCAGAAGCUCCCCAGCAAAGCGGCGAAUGGCAUCAUGCCUGUGACAGAGUCCCUGAAGGCCUCCACUCUGCACGCUAAGAGGCCGGCUCCCAGACUAGGGCCGGGCUGCAAGGAAGGUGAAUACGAAGGCUUUGCUAAAGCACGAUCACCUGGAGAGAAGCCAGUGAUAACACGUCCUCCAGUGAGACCACCAGACCCUCCAUGCAAAGCCCCGGCGGCUCAUAAGGCAGAGGCCGCCUCUGUGGUGGCCUCCAGGACGAAGUUUUUUGAGACAGCUUCCUUCAGGAGAGGGAGCUCUUCAUCACCACAAGGCAGACUCCCCAGUGAUGAGACCUGAAGGAUUAAUGACUUGUAUGUCUGAUCCUGGCUGGUUCCAGAGAGAUUUGCCACAGCGCCUCCUCCGGUCCUCCCUCUCCUGGUUCACGAGUCUUGCUGCGGCCGUUGAAGCAUACCAUUCUGAAUAGUUUCCUAAGUGAAUAAAUCCACCUUGCCAUCGGUUUCCGAAAGUAGCUCCUCCUUUCCUCCUUUCCUGCUUCCUCCAUGUUUCUACUGUUGCCUAUAUUCAAGAACACUUGUUUGUUUCACUUUGGGAUGUUUGGGAGAAGUUGGAAUGCCCCUGUUGGCCAAGGAAGAGAGUUGGGGAGUGGUUGCGAACAGUUUUAUCCACCCUGUUCCACAUCCCUUUAAUGUGGCAGGGUGGUGCCAUCCCAAGAUUUAUGUACAGGGCUUUGGGGGAGCACCAGCUUUUAAUGCACUGGCUGUCUUAAGACAAAUCACUCUGUGCAUUGUAGGGGGACGGGGUGUGGGGAGAUGGACACUCCUUUCUAAAUCCUUUUCAGGAAUGCGAAGACAUUUCCAAGCGGGGGUUCUCCCCCACAGCAAAGCACUGAAGAAUGAACCUUUUGGUUUUUCUGCAGUGGAACAGAGAGCAUUUUUGGUGGUUAUGCUGCCUCUGCAUCCUCUGCUUGGUCUCCCCAGGUGGAAAGCCAUUGUGCACUGGAAGGAGACAGGACCAUCCUGUACAGUUUUCAUUCCACCCUGGAGCAGACACGAGAGAGCCUUCGGUUUUUUUGGGGGGAGUAGACCCCUUCACUUCCUGCCUGAGGCGCUUAAACACAUGGUAACUUCCAUCAUCAACGUGCCUCUCUAACUCUGGUCUACUGGGGAGGAGGUAGAGGUACUUUAAGCAGAGAUGUUCAUUUUCCUGGUUCUAGGAAUGCAUCCAUCCUAUGUCUUGUGUUUAUCAGGAGUGUGGUCAAAAGCACUCCUUCGGAUUGUGUGGCUUUGAAGAACUGGCAUCACAACACACACAGGUUUCUGAGGACCAAAGCAUAAAGCAUCAAGGCAGACCAAGCAACACCUUUUCUUUGUUUGUUUAAAUAAUAAUCAAAACUCAGUUUAUAUUGAAUGUUAGAAUCUUUACCGAUUCACAUGUCUCCUGUAAAAAAUAAUAAUCAAAACUACUCUUUGGCUUCCCUUACUUCCUAAAAACAAAAUAAAAACACCUGGGCAUCAAAAUAUUGCCGACAACUCUGCUUUUUUCCCCCAAACGCAGCCUUUUGUAGGGCUGGAAAGAUCUUCAAAAUGUGGUUGAAGGACACAACAGCAAGAAAGCUGUCUGGAGGGUGGCAACACGAGAACGGGCCUUAUCUGCAGUGGCUCCCCAUUUGUGGAAUGCUCUCCCCAGGGAAGUUCACCUGGCGCCUUCAUUAUAUACCUUUCGGUGCCAGGCAAAAACAUUUCUUUUUAACCAGGCUUUUGGUUGAUUUGAUUGACAUCCUAUGUCCUUUUAAAAGGUGGUUCUUUGGGGGGGGGGUGUUAUUGGGUUGUUUUUACUUUGAUUAUAUAUAUUGUGGUUUUAUAUUUUGAUUUUGUUCUGUGAAUCGCCCUGAUACUUGUGGGCAUAGGGCGGUAUAUUAACUAACUAACUAACUGCUGUAAAUAACUAACUAAAUAACUAACUGUGGGCAGAAGAGAUUGACACGCAAAGUAGAAACGUUUCCAUCCCAAUCCGGUUGCUGCACACAAUCUCUGCAUGGGUACAAUUCAGCUACUUUUCCUUCAUCAGCUUUACCAAAGCCUUAAACUAGUGAGAAGCAGGGAGGGGCCUUCUAAGCAGCAGGAACACUUUGUAUUCAAGAUAGACAGGCCGGACUUUUUACAAACACACCGUCCUAAAUGGGAAGGGCCAACACCACAGCAGGAACCUCCUGUUUUAAAUUCUCAAGGAACCCGGACAAACCCACCAGUAGUCCAUGCUGCCAGCUAGUCAAGGAACACCGGGAGCAAGAGAGAAUAUGCUGACGGUAUGCAUGAAACUGGUUUUUUCAUUUUCCAAGGGAACGUAAGCGGAGCUGCUGUAGAAGUGGAAACAGGAUCCAAGGAUGUCUAGAGGUUUAGGGUGGGAGGGAGCCUAUAUCUGCUCUGCAGGGCCAACACUUAGCACAGGGUGUGGCCCUCCAGGCUCCAAGCAACACUGAUGUGUACAAACCUGCUUUGUAAGCAGAAUGCUAAGCUUAGAGCAGGCAUCCCCAAACUGCGGCCCUCCCUCCAGAUGUUUUGGCUUACAUCUUCCAUGAUCCCUAGCUAACAGAACCAGUGGUCGGGGAGGAUGGGAAUUGUAGCCCAAAACAUCUGGAGGGCCGAAGUUUGGGGAUGCCUGGCUUAGAGGCUUAAAGAGUUUUUGGGUUUGUUCCGUGUCCAUAUGCACACAUGUUUAGUCAGUGGCCAAACUAAACAUGGUGGUGCAUAGUCAUUCUUACGUUCAUGCUGCCCUCCUACUUAAGACGCUCAGAAGUUUCUGUCUAAGUAACAGCAAGUCUGUUAAUAUAAUCGUAGAUAGAUCUAGUGAAGGUAGAAAAUAUCCACUUACCGGGUCCAGUGGUGGGCGAGGUUUGUGGCCUGGCAUGCCGCUCUGCUGGCCGUUGCUCCACCUAUCCCUUUGGUCUCCACAGAGCUUUCCGGGUUCCUGGAACGUUGUGGCCACUUUAACCCCAAAUAUGUUGUCAUGUGUUUUCCUUUGAGGCCUAGCUCCUGGAGGGGAGGGGGACUGCACCUUGGCACGCAAUCUGCAUGCCCCCCCUUCUCCUGGAUUGGGCAGUGUUAAGUCCUCGAGGUUGUAGUGACCAAAGAAGAAAGCAUGGAGUCACCAAGCCCAUUUCAGUGUUGUGAGUCCAUGAUUCCAAACAAUCAAUUAAUGGAUUGUGCAGAUGUCCCAUGUCCUGAUCACGUAGCAGCUAGGGGGAAAUGUGGAAGAUGCAGUCGGCACCAGAUAGCAGCAGUUGACACACAACAUGUGCUUUAUUGUAUUCUAGCUGGUACAUUUUUCAUCAGGCCUCCGUUCAUCAUAAGCUAAAAGAUGCCCAGCAAUUCCACACACUAUUUUUGUGAAAUUUAAGGCACUUAAGGUAUCUGCCACCUGUUGUGGGGGGUUUUUUUGUAUUUGUUUUUUUGGACUUGUAAAGUGUUUAGUUGCAAUGAUUUUAGUGAUGUUAAUAAAGUUAAUAAAGAAGGAGAA